CUGGCGGUGUUAACAUCUGUACAAGUGCAAAUCACUUUGUGAAAACUUUUACGUCGCAAUUUACAUCGUCACCUUAAAAUCUGAAUUAAUUGUAAUCUGUGACAUAAUAAAUUGAAAAAAAUGCAUCUGUGGUAGUUUUAAGCGGAGAAAUUAAAAAAUAAAUAGAAGAUAAUGUAAACAGAAUAAAAAUCAGUUAUGGAACAAAAUGGCAAUAAUGCCAAAGUUAUUGGUUUGUUAAUUUGUUUGAGCUCGUAUCAGUGUAUAAAUGGAUGUGCGUUUCUGGAGCUGUUUCCUGAUUUUUCAAAUACAUUUGGUAUUUUGUGUACAGGGAGAGGAUGGUGUAAAAAGUACUCACCAUCGAGCAGAUGAUAGUUUAGUUGAAACAGAUUACAAAGAUGAUAGCAAAAGACCAUUAGACUUUCUAAUGAAUGUCAACAAUGAAGCAAAAGAUUAUUUCCUACCACCUGUAUUUCCGAGCAACGAGGAAGAAGAAGAAGAUGACGAUGAAGAAGAUGACCAUUCGUAUUUAGAUUAUGAUUAUGAAAAUAAAGAAGCUAAUUAUAAAGAUUCCCCCGAAGUAGCAACAUCUAGGAGUAAUACACAAGACGUGCUGCCAAUAGAUGAUAAAAUACCGCUACACACUACUAAGGAUAAUUUACCUGUUUUUUUACUGGAACCUGAAAAUACUUAUGUUGUGAAAAAUAAACCAGCCAAUCUCAAAUGCCGUGCUGCUAAUGCACUAGAAGUUUAUUUUAAAUGCAAUGGAAUAAAAACUCAAGCGUUAAACUUCGAGUUCGUUGAUCCGCAAACUGGUGUAAGAAUUAUUGAAGGGGAAUACAAAGUUACACGGGAAGAAGUGGAGGAGUAUUUUGGCACUGAGAAAUAUCAAUGUUCCUGUUUUGCCUGGACGAGUAGAGGACAAAUAAGGAGCCAACCAGCUACCGUUGAGCUCGCUUAUAUCAAGAAGCAUUUCUCAGUAGCACCCCAAUCGCAGUUAGCAAAGCAAUAUUCGCCAGUGACGUUCAGAUGUGAAGCGCCCCAAGCUGCACCCUUCGCACAGCUGUAUUGGCUGAAGAACGGGGCUCCUGUUGUAGUGGACGAUAAUGUGCAAGUUUCUAAGGAGGGCGAUCUUGUUAUUAAGCAGGCUUCCUUGCUUGAUAUGGCGAACUACACCUGCGUCGCGGAAAAUCUAGCUGGCAAGAGGAUGUCCGAGCCAGCCCUUCUUACGGUUUUCGUCAAUGGAGGCUGGACCGCUUGGUCGACGUGGGCUGAUUGUUUCUGCUCGGGGCAAGUACGAGAGCAUCACGAAGGUCGAGGAAGAAGACGCAUACGGACAUGCACGGCGCCACGACCUUUGAAUGGAGGCCAACCGUGUAUAGGACCCAGUGUGCAAAGGACCCAGGACUGCAUUGAUUGCGAUUUGGAUUUAUACAUGGAUAGCUUGGACGAGUUGGCCGACGAGUCGUCGGAUAUAAUACUGGGUCGCUGGUCGCAAUGGUCGGAAUGGUCACGAUGCGACUCCGACUGCCUCCACUCCAGAAGAAGACGAUGUAUAACCAGCACCGCCUGUCUGGGCAAAGACUACCAGGUUGCACAAUGUCCUUUGUGUGUUAGGACAUCUAAAUCUGAUAUCUUGCAUGAUGGAUCAUCAUAUUGGCCGCUUUUGAUAGCACUUUCGAUCGCCUUUCUGAUAUUUAUUGUUGUUGUUAUAUUGGGAAUAAAAUAUAUGAAGAUAAGAAUGGCUGAAAAUUCUCCAUACGUUAAACCACCACCAGGUACAAAUUAUUUUGGGAAUGUAAUAAAAAGGACGCUAACAAACCAGCCGGAUUUGACAAUACACGAAGAGUUUCAUACAGUAGACUCGAGAAGGACACACAGACAAACUAGCACGUCUAGUAAUGCACGCCAAGAACAUCUGUAUGAAGUGCCUCAAUUGGCUAAUAGCUACAUCUCCCCAAUAGAUCACGAAAGAGAGGUAAGAGCUCUUGGCGCGGAGAGUUUCGCUUGCAAGGACAAGGAGUCAGACCGUUCUGACUCCAGCUGCUUUUUGAGCUCGGGUUCGUCAUACGGGAAUGAAAGUGUAGAAAUGUCGCCAUCACUUAAAAACAACGCUUCAGUAGACUCGAAAUUCCUCAACUCCCAAUAUUUAGAGACUGCUACCUCUAAAAUCGUAAAUAGUGACGGCAAUUGGCUAAAUUUAGACAAAUGUGGAGUUAGACUGUUUGUUCCUGAUGGAGUUGUUGAAAAAAAUGAAGAACUCUUCUCGGUCGAGGUCACAGACGAGGAAUGGAAUAAGCCGAAUUUACAAGAAGGUGAAACACAGCUAAGUCCUGUAGUUAGAUGUGGACCGAAAAACUUCCAUUUUUGUAAAGGAGUAGUUCUAACAUUCCCACAUUGUGCAGCGCUGAAGAACUCGAGCUGGGUACUCUCCAUUUUACAAAAACCUGAAGAAAUUAACUCAAGAGAAUGGAGGAAAGUUCUGACCCUUGGUCAAGAAACGCCGGGAACUCCUCUGUUUGCGCAAGUCGAUCAUGCAAAAGUGUACCUUGUUUGUGAAUUUUUAAGUGACUAUGUUCUCAUCGGUAGGAGCUUUAAUUCGUUGGAUGCCAAAUUGUUGAAACUAGCUCUAUUUUUAAGUAAACGAAUCGAUGGAUAUUAUAGUCUUCAUUUGCACGCGUUUAAUGAUACGCCCUACGCCUUUUACGAAUGUUUCGAAAGCGAAAGGCGAACGGGGGGUUUCCUACUCUGUGAUCCGAAAACGAUUUACUUUCAAGAGAAUUGCUCGGAUUUGUGCGUCAACGUUAGAGACGUGGGCGUCGGAUGGAAGAUUCAAUCCGGAGGGAAAUAUCAGGAGCUGUCGUUCAACCGCUUGUGGAAUAUGAACGUCAGAUCCGUGCACUGCAUCUUCAUCCUGCAACAAAUGGACGCAAUCAAUUGCCUAGAAUUAAACAUCACGGUCUAUCAGAAGCAGAAACAAUCCAAUUCAGUCAAUUUCAAUUUGAAAACAAACGAUAUUAAUUCAAAUUUCAAUUGUAAUAAACGCUUCAGCUAUUCGGGCGUGGAAAUGGGUUACAGUGUUAAUAUCCUCGAGAAUCCAUUCAAUUAUUCGUCGUUAUCAAAAAAAGAGGGGCGAUACGAUUUCGUGUAUAGAAACAAUGGAAUUCGCAGGAGUAGCUUUACCGUGGACAAUAACUAUUAUUAUAGAUGUAACGUUUUGACAAAAUCUGAUCGUGUUAUUCUUUGCAAAUUGCUCGACAGUCAGACUUCUAAAGGCAACGAUUGGAGGUUGUUCGCUGAGAAAUUAAAACUUUCGUCCUUUUACUAUUAUUUCUCUAAUACUUGUUCUCCGACGGAGAAUAUUUUAAAUCUUUGGAUAUGUAGGAACAACGAUGUUAAUAUGUUAGUGAAUUUGUCGAGGAUAUUUAGAGAGAUGUCUAGGAUUGAUUGCGCGACGGUCGUCGAGAGACGCUGUUUUCCUAAUUAGACUGACUUUUUCAUUUUAAAGUCUAUUUUUUCACUCUAGUCAUUGUAUACGUUUUCUUUAAGUUUUAAGUUUAACAUCACGCUUAGCAAUCACGUGUUUUAAAGCAAGUAAAAUUAAGUACCUACUUUGUUCUUCGUAAAUUAAAGUUAAAUAAGACUUUAAAUUUAAAUUAUACGUGGUUCAAAGUACAGAAGAAGGUACUAAAAUUACAGAGUGUAGCCAAUGCAAUAUACCUACACAAAAUAAUGUUUGAGUAGCUCACUAAGCAAAUUAUUUAAAAGAUAACAGAUGUUGACAUAUAAUAUUUUUAGGCUAGAUUAAGUUGGUUUUGUAACGUAAAUUGUUGUAUUACGAAAUAUUUGCUAACCUAAGUACUAUCUGACUAUGUUAAGUAGGUGCCUAAUUAGAAGCAUAACAAUUCUUUUUACUUACUUUUUGUUUAUAGACAAGUAAAAUAAGUUUCUAGUCAUAAUCUGUUUUGACUGACGAAUUUAGUUAGAUUGAAAGAUUUUAUUUCAAAAUAUGUCCGCUGUACACUUUUUGAAUGUCUAUGUGUUCAAUGGAAGAAAAAUAAGUUUUAAGACUCGCUCGAUCAUCAAGGUAGAGUUAGUGUGAACACUAACGCUCUUAUAACGCAAUUUAUAGAGUGUUUGAUAUAUUUUAAUAUCCGCUUUUCACUCGCGCGCGAUUCGCGGCGCGGAACCUCGUACGUGACCUACGAAGACGGCGCGGAUAACCGUGAGGAGGAGAGUAUCUCGUCGUUCAUGGAUUUCGCGACGCGAUUCGCGCGCGAGUGUAGAGCGGGCAUAAAGAAAAUGUUUACAAAACAUAAUUAGUUGUGUAUAGCUAGGUAUAUUUAUGAACCAAAUCACUGUAAUGUAUCUACUGUUCGGUAAAAAGAUAAUAUUGAAAUGAUUUUAGUAGUGAUUUUAAAUUUUUGAAGUAAAUAUUUAAAUGAA